UUCACAUUUCAUAACGACAUGUUAAUCCUAUUGAAUGAAGGUAGGCAAUGUUGACUCGAGUGUUCGCCAAUUGAGUCUGCCGUUACUGACUCCCUCACCAUGUGUUUGGAUAUCACCGAGACCCCACAUCAAUUCGACGCCUUCUACGGUCUCCACUGACACGAAUCCUUCAAACACGAUGGGUCUGAGAAUCUUGAACGUCUACUCAAUAGCUCCUAUUCCCCAAAAUUUGUGUGUUCCAUACGACUCAGUGGAGAAGACUGUGAAUCGUACGAAUAAGAGCGACGAGUUGAGUGAUGGAAUUCGAGCACACAGUGGAGUGGAUGAACCUGAGAGUGUUUCGAAUGGUGUCGGUGAGGUGAAGGGUUGUCGUGUUGGCGAUGUGGGAGUUGGUGAUGGGUGUGUUGGAGGAGGUGGUUCUGGCGUGAGUGAGACUAUUGAUUUGUCGUUGUCGAGUGAUGAUGAGGAGAGUUGUGAGGAGAUGGAUGUGAAUGGAGUUGGUGAUGAUGUAGUGGGGAAUGGUGAUUCAAGUGACCGGGGUUAUAGAUCUGAAGAUGAUGAUGUGGAUGAUGGUGAGAGAAGACGACGUUUGGCUUUGCUGUUUGAGAAGCAGAUGAGAUAUCUGGAUUUGAAGAUUGAAGUUCUGGAAAUGAAGAAACGCUAUUGGUGUGAGAAGAUGAAUUCAAUGUCGCGAUGUUGAAGCUAGGCUGAGGAAGUAUGCUCAAAUGAGAUAUGCAUAAUUUUUGUUCACUUCGAUAUUUGUAAUAAAUUUUGAUAUGUAUUCACCAA